UCCCUUUCCCUUUCUCUUCCCCUGCCCGGGCCAGGGCGGGCGCAGGGCAAUGCUUUCCGGGGUGCCCCCGCCUCCCCCCCCGUGGCUCUGGCCGUUUCCGGGAGGGCCACGGUUGCUAGGUAACGGACGGGGCGGGGCGUUGUGGCCAGGUGGGUGUCCCCUCCGGCGUCUACCUGGUGCCCGGCCGGCCCCGGGCACGAUGAGCGACUGCAGGAAAGGAGUCCCGAGAGCCGCUGUGCCUCCCCGUCCCCGCUCUCGCCCACCCGGGACCCCCGAACGGAGCCGGGAAGAGCAGGCUGCCCUUACUCUCCAGCGUGCCUUCCGCAGGGCGCUGGCCCGGAAGGAGCAGGAGCAAGCAGCUUGCAGAGCGGCAAUGGACCAGUUACAGAAGGAGGCCUUCCUUGCUGUGGUAAAGAGGGAACGGCAGAAAGCCAGGCGGGCGCAGGAAGAGGAAGAAGAAAAGCAAAGAAAGCAGCGAGAGGAGCAGUUACGAAAAGAGCGGAUACUGGAGGCGGCAUUUGACGGAGACGUGAGCGAGAUCACAGCUGUGCUGAGAGAGGUAGCGGAGCUGGACCUGCGGGCCGGGGUGGGGACGGCCGGGGGCCUGCAGCACCACCUGGCCCUGGUCAACUGCACCGACAUCCACGGGAACACGCCCUUGUCCGAGGCGGCGAGCGGCGGCCACGCCCCCGCCAUCCGCCUGCUCGUCGAGCAAGGGGCCGACCCCAACUGCAGGGGUGCUUUUGGGCGGACGCCCCUGUACCGAGCCGCGUUUGCGGGGCACCUGGCCGCCAUGGAGACCUUGCUGCAGCUCGGGGCCGACCCUCGGCUAUUCGCUGCCGACGGCAGCACCCCGGUGCAGGUGGCCAGUGCAGCCGGCAUGGUGGACGUGCUACAGGCUUGGGACAUCAGCUUCACAGAGGCCAUGUUGGCCAAGAUAGAGGCGGAACACCAGCGCCAGGCCCAGGAGGACCAACGCCAUAGAGAAGCCAACAUACGGCAGUUGCGGGAGACCGUCCAGCAGCUGGAAGAUGAACAGAGACGCUGCCACCAGGAGCCCCAGGGCCUCCACAGUCCCAGCCCCCUCCAGCUGCAGCAGGCUUACCGACAGCUGAACCAGAGGAUGGCAGCCCAUAGCACGGCAGAGCAGAAGUCGACAGCCAUGGGGAAGGUGACCCUGCAGGCUGUCAGAGAGGUGGAAGAACAACUGGACAGACUGUGCCUAGAGGCAGCCGAGACGAAGGAAAACCUGAGCCUGGCCCAGCGGCAGCUGGAGGAGCAGGGGCAGGAGCACCGGCAGGAGGAGCAAGGGCAGGAGCACGGGCAGGACGCAGGGAGUAGUGAACCACCACGACUGUACUGCUCCGUGCGGGAGCUGAACGAUGUGCUGCUGCGUGACGUGGGGGGCCGGAUCCAGGCUGAGGGGCGGUGGCCACUGGUCAUCGACCCCUCAGGCCAGGCUGCCAUCUUUCUGCGCUACCAAGACACAAACUACCUGGACACACUGAACCCUGCACAACUGGGGCUGGAGCCGCUGCGACUGGGCCUGCUGGGGGCCCUCAGGUAUGGAAAGCCCCUGGUGCUGGACAUGCAUCGAGUGGACAUGUUUGGGGCCGUGAAGCGGCAGCUGGAGGCCGUGGAGCCAGGCCUGGCUGAUGCCCUGCUGACCAAAGCCCUGCUGGAGCAGGACAGGUUCCUGUCACUGGUGCGGCCGGAGGACGGGCCGGAGUAUGAGCCCCCCAAGUUCCAAGCUGCCCUGAUCUGUGGCUUCAAGCUGUUCUUCUUGACCCAGGUUUGGCAGCCCCCAGACGAGCAGCUGCGGGCCCUGCUGCCCCUGUGGGUCCUGCCCCCCGGGGCCCGCGGGAGCACCCCACAGUGCCAGUAAACGGCCCACCGGACCACCGGCCGCCACCCGGGGAUUCUGGUGGGGGAAGGGGGGAAGGCGAGGGGAACGAUUCCCCCUCUCCCACAGCACCAAAGCCCCGCCAGUCAGACUCUCCCUGGCACCUACCAACCCCUCACCUCCAUCCCCGUGGAGCUCCUCAUCUGGUGUGAUGGCAACUCUGCUUCCUGCAGGCCCCUCCCCACCUCCCCCAUUGGGGGGGCAGGGGGAGAGCAGCCAGGCUCCGGGGUGGGGGGAGACUGACAAAAGGAAGGAUAAAAUGUAAAGUAAAUUUUAUUUUCCUUGAACACAAAA